UUUCUUGAGCCCCACACCAUUCAAACCAGGAACUUUAUGGCAAUGCGGAGAUCUUUCAAUUCGAUACCCCGAUAUCAUGGCACAACCAUCCAGUCAGCGGGGAGAGGUUUGCACUGGCAGACGGCACCACACCUGACUUCCCGCACUACCGUGCGUAGGACAGCUUUGGUCUUUGCUGGUCUGGCAGGCGUCGCCUCUCUCGUGAUGUCUGCUUCGUCUGUGUACCUGGAUGGCACAGAAAAUCAAUCGCGGGGGAGAGAAGAAGAAUCGUUGUUCACCAACAGCUCAACCUCGCACUUUUCGUACUCGUACUACGAGAGUUCCACCAAUCACAGCGAAGAUCAUGGGGAGCGAUCCAGGUCCUGUCAUCUGCAGGAACGAUCGCAGCUGCUGGGAGCCCACACGGGAAUCUACCGCUAUGACACGGCCCAAAUCGCUAGGUAGGUACAUUACGUCUUACCCAGAGUUAAAUGUGCCGUAUCUGACAUGCACGAGCAAUCGUCCUCCGGAGAGCGAGCAUGCCGAAGCUGUGGUGCCCGUUCCGUCUGGGUAUUGGUCUAUCUUCUCUGUACUAGACGGACGCAAUGGCCACUCCACAUGUGUCUGGCUACGAGACAACCUCAUUUUCGCAGUUGGUGGCGCUCUUGUCGAUCUUUAUUCCCGACUGCACGAGAACAGUCCAGCACAAGACACUCCGCCUACCCCGUCUUCGGAUGACAUAGAACGCACGCUCAAGGACACUUUCAAGCGCCUUGAUCGCGACAUUAUGCACGGCUCAGUCGACGCGGUGCUCUCGAACAGCGCGGGUGGUGCCGAUGCUGACGCGCUAGCUCCGGCUCACUCAGGAUCCUCUGCGCUGCUGAGCUUCUACGACUCGCACAGCAGGACUCUCCACGUCGCACUGACAGGCGACUCGCGUGCUGUCCUCGGGCGCCGCACCCGCAACAAAGACGGCGAUGUGGUCUACCAGGUCCAAGUUAUGACCGUGGAACAGGACGGCGACAACCUCGCGGAGGAGUACCGCCUCAACGCGCGGCACCCAGGAGAGGCGGUCGUCUACAACGGACGCGUCGUCGGUGGAGGACCUACGCGCUCCUUCGGGGACGCACUAUAUAAGUGGGAUAGUGUCACCCGUGGGCAACUGCAGCAAGCAUCCAUCGGCAAGCCGACUCCGUCCGACGUCUUAACACCUCCGUAUCUCACUGCAGAGCCGGAGGUGACCUCGACGACGGUGCAGCCGGGCGACUUCCUCAUCAUGGGCACGCGCGCAAUGUGGGAUCGCCUGACGAGCGAGGAAGCGGUGGGUCUGGUUGGUAUGUGGCUCGACAAGGGUGUGCGCGAACAAGGUGGUCGCCGCAGAGUAAAGCCCGCGGUAUCCCCGAAUGACUGUCUCGCGACGCCGCUGGCGGUCGGCAUACGGUCUGAAUCAUACAGGAGCGAGGACCGGAACGUUGCGAUGCACCUGCUACGGAACUCUAUGAGCGGGGAUAUAGGCACUCAAGCUGACACCACAAAAAAUGGUCUCACGGCCACCGUCGUCUUCUUCGCCGAAGACUGACGUCGCCUCAGAAUCGGUCGGAAAGCACAUCUGCUACGCCGAUGCCCAUUGUUACUGUAUACGCGCA